CCGAAGAAGACCGCCACCCAAGCUUCAGUCAGGAGAUUGGAGUUACAAGUAGGCUGUGUAAUGCGGUCAGUGGGAGUGAACUAGGUUCUGUGAAAUAUUACAGGAAACACAUUGCAGCUGCAGAUUAGCGACAUCAAGCUUGGCAUAGCGUUAAAGUUUUGCUCCGAUGGUGCCUGAAACCUACUAGAAAACGAGUAGGAGGACUGUAGCCAGUAUCCUGACAGGACAGUCCAGAUCUUUUGUUUUCCACUGGAGACAAAUGGUUUUGAGUCAUGGAUCAAGGUGUUGUGAACAGUCCUGUUACCCUUGUCAUCAGGGCACCGAACCAGAAGUACAAUGACCAGACCAUCAACUGUUACCAGAACUGGACUGUGGAGAAGCUCAAAGCGCAUUUGUCAGACGUGUACCCAAGCAAACCAAGCUCCAAAGACCAGAGGCUUGUGUAUUCUGGGAAGCUGCUUUUGGAUCACUUUACCUUAAAAGAUGUGCUGAGAAAGCAGGAUGAGUACCAUAUGCUCCAUCUGGUGUGCGCCUCACGAACUCCUCCUAGCUCCCCGAAGCCCCCCCGCAGCCACAGUAACAAGCCUCAGGAGAACUCGACUGGUCCCACGCCCCUUCAAAACUCUAAUAGUCCUGCCACUGGUCAACAUAGCCAGUCGUCUACAGGAGAGAGCAGUGAUGGACUCAGACAGCGAACUGGACCCUUCCCUGACCACCAUAUGUAUCAACAAUUUAUGCACAGCUGGAUUCCGCACUCCCCGCAGCCAACACCUCCCACAAACACGAUGCCCGCUUAUUACAACCCCAUGACUCUAAUGUGGUGGCAGCAGCUGUAUGCCCGGCAAUACUACAUGCAUUAUCAGUUACUGGCUGCCUCCUCUCAACACCUCAGGCCAGACCAGCUCUCGACUCAGUCUAACCAGCCAGAUCCUCUGAGCCAGCGACCUCAGGCGGAUCGCCGUGGCAACCCGGAAGUCCAGAUGAACGCCCAGGGAGGGGAGAUCCUGAACGAGGACGAGCUGAACCGGGAUUGGCUGGACUGGGUGUACACGUUUUCACGUGCCGCGAUCUUACUCAGCGUAGUCUACUUCUAUUCCUCCUUCAGCCGGUUUGUCAUGGUGAUGAUGGCCAUGCUAGUGCUUUACCUGCAUCAGGCCGGCUGGUUUCCCUUCAACCUGGAGAAUGAGCUCCAACUUCCUGGAGACAGAGCCAAUCAGGACGAUAUGGAGGGUGAACUACAAAACCACGACUUACAAGAAAUGGAAGGGCCGAUGGAUGAUGGCUCAGAUGAUGAUGGGGAAAGUGGAGAGGAAGGAGCAGAAGAUCCAAACAGCGCUCCCCACACGGGCUUCCUCUCCUCCACAUGGUCGUUCAUCAUCACCUUCUUCAUGUCACUCAUCCCAGAGGGGCCGCCAAACGCUGCUAACUGAACCCCGAGGCGAACCACAGUCCUCCACAGCAGCACAUUCUUUCUUUAAGAGGUGGACGAAUAUCCCACCUGCUUAGGGAAAUAUUUCUGUUGCAAUGCAGUGUUAUAGUUUCCUACUUGUCUACUACUACGUAUCAAAGACUUUGAGCCAAAACACAAAUGACUGAUUUAAGCUGGAAGGAGAAAGAUGGUCUGUUCAUGUGGAGUUUUUUUUGUUUCUUUGUUUGCACAAAGACAAAACUAACACCAACUUUAGUUCAACUGCUAUAUACAAGGAUUGCUAGUGAUGCCUUGUAAACAUAGUCGAAACAAUAAGUGUCUGCCAAUGCAUUGUUUCUGUAAUUUUACAAAAUAGGGACAGCAGGCGCAGUUAAAAAGUUAAAAAUAACACUAAUUGUGUUUAACCACCUGAAGCUUAUUUCUUUUCUUUGUAAGCAGCUGCAAUAUUUGUUAAAAUAGUUUUGUUUGAAUUUUACUGUUUGUUUUUUGUAAUGGUGGUUGUAUCCAAAUAAGACACUUUAAAGGGGCCACUUAAGUCCAAAAGCCGAGAUUCAGCGUAUAAUCCUGAAUCAUGUAGUGUGUGAUAACUUACAUGAGUGAUUUUGGCCUGAGAGUUCAAAGAAUGUGUCUGAACACAUUGUGCACUGUGUUGAAGUGUGUCCCAGAGGGAUGUUGGCUGACAGAAGUGUGAAACAAUGUACCACUAAUUCUCUCACAGCCCAGAAGAACUGAGCGAGGCAGAUGAAUUUAUCUUGCACCAUUAAUGGAAUAUCAAACAGGACGGAUGCUGUUGAAGAUUUAAGUCACGUGGCAUCGAGCGGACAAGAGACGCUUUAAAACUUCCUACUGUUAAAUAAAGCACUGCCACAAUUAAGAGUUAAAGUAGGAAAAAAACGUGUGAAAAUGGCUGCUGCUGUUACUUGUUGUGUACCAAUAAUAAUAUUCAUGUUUAUUAAACCUUCAUUCAUGGUAA